CCAUAGAUACAGCAAUUGGAGACAGUCGGUUUAAUUGAAUGAGAAACCAGUUUAAAUUUGAAGAAUAAACAGCACUGUUCGAUAAAAGUGUUGAUACAAUUUCAUAGCUAUUUACUUGGAAUGAUUGUUUGAAGGUGUAAGUGGAACCAGGCACAGGGUGUGCUUCCUUAAAAACAAUUACCUGCAUUGGAUUUUAUUUAUUUACAUACUUUAUCGAAAAAAACAGAGAUUCAAUCAACUGAUUACUGCAUUUUAUUGUGCGAUUUAUGUGUUUACUGUUAUAUUGAAAGUGGUAAUUUAUUAGAUGUCUUGUUGAUAGGGGUAAUAGAAAAUAGGAGAUUGUCUCAUAUUGAAUAUGUUAAAGAUUUGACAGGAGUUUGAAUGGAGAAGGCGUGUAGAAGAUAGAGUUACAAUAUAUUGAAAAGAUAAUUAACUAUUUUUGUAACAGGAGAAACCAAAUAAAUUAAAAGAAUAAUUGAUAAACACUUGGAUUUCGGUGUGUUCUUGUCCAAAAUAUGGAAAUUUGAAGCUGCUGCAUUACACUUGCUGCUGUAAUUAACUGUUUAAUGCAUUGAGUAUACAAUCUGUGAUUUGAUUGAGGCUAAAUUGGCAGACAUUCUGUGAGACAUGCCAAAGAAAGGAAAUCCUACGCAUAGUGAUAGCAACUUUAAAAAACCUAAACCGUCUCCUAGGAUUAAGUUAUUCAAGGAAGACAGACAUAACUUGUUUGAUAUACUGAAGGAUGCUGAUAAACCUGUUGCUAGGGACUACAGAUACAGGCAAGAUGAAAUUUUCAAACGGAUGAAAGUCACCACAUUUGUUCAAUUGGUUGUUCAAGUAGCAUCGUAUGACGAGUCUAACGGCUCAUUAUAUGAUAUUGGAUCUGAGAGGGCAGACUCAGCUGAUGAAGAAGUGUACAGAAUACAGCGGUUAGGUGCUGGUGACCCAUCUCCAGAACCUUCACUUGAUGGAACAGAAGGUGGUAGCAGGGCACCAGCUGGGGGAAAUACUGGUAGAUCUACUUUACAAGGGGUUAUAAAGGGUGAAGGAGAAUUAGAUCGGAACAAACAUUCCUCAAAUAAUCUUGAAAAGAAGGUAUUAGAUGGUUGUCCAUACUUAUUGUUAGAUGUUAGAGAAAAUGACAGUUUUGAUCAAUGUCAUAUCAUCACUGCAAAAAAUUAUCCAAAGGCAAUGCUGUCACGUGCGUGCAACUAUGAAACAAAAGAUAUGUUGGCUUUUAAAAAUCAGAAAGGAAAAAUCAUUAUAGCUUAUGAUGAGACUGAAGAACUUGCCCCAAGUUGUGUCACAACUCUAGCCCAGCGUGGAUAUGAUAACAUAUUCCUGUUGUCAGGAGGGAUGAAGGUAGCAUAUAAAAUAUUCCCUGAGGGUUUAUUGACGGGUACACCUCCAUUAGCAGUAACAGAGACUCCAAGAAGUAAGCAGAAACCAGAAAUGGCUGACAGGGAAAAGUUUACCAGUGAAGAUUUGGCGAAAAUUGAAAUAUAUAUGGAUAAUGCUCUCUGUGAUAAAAGUUCUGGAAGUCGUUUGUCGAAGCUUAGCACAGCAUCAAGUCGUAUGAGUAGUAAUUAUUCAACAUCAAAGGGCUAUAAAACACCAUCUUCUGUUGCCUCUGGUAGGGCCUCACACCAAACACCAUUCAAACCUUGAUACACACUGAAACACAAGAAAGCCUCAAGAGAAGCAACUUUGGUCCUGCUUGUGUUGAUCUUAGUGUGAAUUACCUCCCUUUUAAAAAUACCUAUUUUGGAUCUCAACAGAUCCAAGAUGCAUGUCAUACAUAUGCUACAGUGACAUUAUAAAUCUAGCUCAUCUGCCUCGUACAUAUUUGUUCAACUUUUUAAACACAUUUAAUUCAGCCACUUUUCCAAAUUUCUGGCUAUUGAGCCAGCAGGAAUUCGUUUUUAUUGUUUGUAAUGGUUGAAAAGUGACCUAUCAAUAGUCAUGUCAGAUAUUGGUCAGUGUUUAAUGAUCUUAAUUCAAAUAUUUCAAGCCUUAGUAUUCUACACCACAUUGAUACGGAAAUUUAAAAAAAAUUAAAAAGACCAACUUGGCAAUAAACACAUUGAUAUCAUUUAACCGUCGGAAGUUCCAUACUGACUUGCUAGGGAAACAAAAGCUGUCAGAGGACUGCAGUACUAGAUUAUUCAACAGUCUUGUCAAUUGAAUGAAUAUGUAAAUAAAAAAGGGGGCAUAAUUUUGUCCAAAUGCAUGUCAGAGUAAUGGAACAUGUGCAGUGCAUGUCAGGCCCUCACAGUGGACAAGCGUUUGAAGUUCAAUCCAUUCCCAUUUGUUGGUAGUGAGAUACCAGCUUACAAACAAAAAAUAAGUCGAAAAAUGUGCAUAAUUUUGUACAAAAGCAAAAUGGAAUUAUGGAACAUGUGCAGAGUAAGUCAGUUUAUAACAGUGAAUAGGUGUGGGAAGUUUCAAUCAAUUUCCACAAAUGGUUACCGAGAUACUAGCUUGCAUACAAAAACUUAACCAAAUCGAGACACCAACGCACAGUCAAGUCCAAUAACUCUACCAGUCCUUCAAAUACGGUAGUCAAGCUAAAAAAACUUGUGAAAUCAGUAAUAUUUGUGCAAGACUAAUUUUUGUUUGUUGCAUCAGUCCGAAAAGUUAAAUUGCAAGGAAUAUAUAACAUCUUCAAACAUUGAAAUCCAUUUAUUAAUAACCCUAAGAAAUAAGCCUUUGGGCUAAAACAAUGAAAUUUCAUUCCUGCAAAACUGCAACUGCACUUUAGGAUUGCCUAUACUUCUAUGCAAUGUUCUCACCCCAGUUUUAUCUUCUCAUAAAUCUUGCCUUAUAUGACAGUGGGUAAAAUAGCAGUUGAAUGAAUGACUUUAUAUAACAUUGAUUAAAUAUGUUGAACAGCUUGUCUCUAAUCUGAAUGUUGCACAUCAUUGAAAACCUUUACAUUCUGAAAAGAUGAUAAAAACUAAAUGCUUGUUGCUGAAACUGCAUCCUUGAGGCAUCUGUUGUAUGGGUAAAUGUGUUGAACCAGUGAGUUAGCAUUCUUUUAGGAUUAUUCAUAUCAUAUUACAGUUGGUAUUGUGUUGAAAGGCAGUAUUUCACAUAAUUUAGAAUAUUUUUGUACUAUUUAUGCCCCAAGAAACAAAGUAUGUUGGGGCUAUAUUGGAGUCACACAUGCCAGCCCGCUCUUGGUGCCCUCUCCUUAUCUAAUAAAGGGAAGGUUUUCAUAAAACAAGCAUCAGAUGUUAACCCCAUCAUGAGGUCCAAGGUCAAGGACACAUUUGAAGGUCAAAGAUCAGAUAGCUUAACUAUGUUUGCCCUACAUAUCUUAACCACUGGAAAGAUUUCAUAAAAAUUGCACCAAUUCUUUGUCAUCCAGAGGACAUGUAAAGGUCAUGGUGACAACAUUUUACAUUCCCUGUAUCAAAGCGGCAUCUUGGGGUAUUAAUUGCCUUUAUUAUGCUCCCAGAGGGGAAACAUAGUCUCAGCUUCACCGCCCAUCCCGCAAUUCUUGUCAGGAGUAUUUCUAAGCAACCACUGGUUGGAAUUUAGCAUUUAUAUGCUUCAUUGUUAAACCUAGCUCAGGCAUGGUAAUGGUCAUAGAAACAGAAAGGAACUCCCAACUUUGCAAUAUAUUGUAUAUCAUAUAAGAAAUCAGUUGAUGUGUCUGGCACAGAACUGUAGUUUUUUUUUUGCACACCAGCAUGCACAUUUGGUUUUCAUAUGUUGAUGGUUGUGGAAACGUUGAAUAUCUAUUUUAUAUUCCAUUCAUAUUUUUACAUCUAUCACUCUUUCUUACAUAAUUGCUUUUACUCUUAAUUCAAACUUCAUUAAUGAGAAAAUACAAGAAAUAUUAUUAUUAUUAUUAUACCAGAUUUAUAUAGCGCCCUUUUCAUGAUCAAUUUCACGUUCAGAGGCGCUUUACAUAGUUCAGAUGCAGCCAGACAGGGCGCAUAAUUCAUCCUCUACUAGUACAGACACAGAGCGAUCUGACCAGAGGGACAGAGUGAGACAAAGCCCCACAACAUAGCGAUCAGAAAUCAGAUACAGGCAUGUCUGGCUAACUUGGCCUAGCUCGUUGCGAAUAGACAGCCUGGUUCUUUAACGUGCCCAGUGUAUAGCACUGAUACACGCAAGGAUUGCCUGGUUCCUGACCAGUACACCUCUGGUGGGAAACACUGAAAAGCGUUUCUGAAAAUUUCCGAGUAGCUGCCGGGUAUCAAACCCCCGACCUCAGGAUUGGAAGGCCAGUGUGCAAACCACUGAGCUAUCCGUCCACCUAAAAAGUCCUCCGAUAAAUUGACAUAGAUCUCUAUAGCCUUAGGUGUUGUGUAUUUAAUUUGUCACAAAAAUUUUUGAUGUUCAGAUUAAUCAAUAAUAUAAAUUUUGGGGGAUCAGAAGCUCUUAGAUACUUAUGUAAAGUUGUGUUAGGCACCAGAUAUCUCAAGAAUAGAUGUGUACAUUUAAAAAAAAGUUAGGCUGUGUAAACUUAAUGCCAUUAAACUAUAUUAAGCAGCAAGCCAGUGGAGCUACACAAUUUGGGUGCUUAUGGCAGUUUGGGAAGUUAGAUGCCUGGCUGCUAAAGGAAGGAGGUUGUUUUAAUACAGGUGGCUGCUAAGGCAGGGGCAGCUUUAUACUGUUAUUCACAUACAGCUUUAAAUUUGAAGAGAGGAGACACUCUGUAUAUACCUUUAAUUCUGGAUAAGUUUUAAUUACAGGAACGUAAUCGAAAUCAGUAAUGUUUAAAUAAAAUAUUGCAUAUUCCUUUCAGUAUUGAUACAUUAAAAUUUGUCUUGCUUUUUCAAAAUAAAGAUUCAGAUGUGUAUUAUAUAAAUAUAUUUAACUUGCAUAUUUGUGGCUGUGCAUGUUUUGUGUUACUUGAUUGUGUUGUUAUACUCAUCGGCAACUGUUAAUCUUUGCAUCUUUGUAAUGAAAGGAGUUUAUUUUUGUGUAUAUGAAUAGAUGGAAUUGUUGUAUUAUAUUGUGUAAUGUAUUUAUUAUGUGUGAGAUAUUUUAUAUACAUGCUGAAAUCUGCUAAUGUUCUGUCAUGGGUGUCACUGUCAAAUGUGCUUUGAAACAUGCAUCUAAAUGUAUUUGUAUGUUUACCUACAAAAAGCAUUACCGUAUUCAUGUUUAUCACUAUAUGAGGUACAAGUAGGAUUCAAAGUUUGUGAGAAAUAAUUCAUGACUUCAGUAUUAGAUAUAUAUUGUGUUAUAGAUAAUAGUAAUAAAUUUUGUCAACUCAGCAUGAAAUUAUUUGAACUAUAGAUAAUGAAGCAGAUUUAACAGUGUUUUGUGGAGUUGACAGUUUUUCAAUAAAAUUCUGCACACUUAAACAGAUAAAUGAAAUGUGUACUAGAUAAAAGACUUAAAAGAAACAAGAAAAAUCAUAUAGACUGUAUAUGAUAAAGUAUAUUUACUGUUGCCUUUUGCAAAUGGACAUUGUAAUCAUGACCAGUCUUUUAGUUUGUAGAAAUGAUGUGUAAAAAUUUGACUGUCUUAUUGUUUGCUUGAAUCUGUCGUUCUUUCAAGAUAAUUUGGCACAUAAUUUAGACAAAAAUGUAUUUAAUCUGCUGUUUUGGUGAGUAAAAUGAGCUUUUUCUUAGAAUGGUAUCAGUUGACAAUUUUCUCUGUCAGAAUGUAAAUGACCAUUCACAUUAAUCACCCAAUGAAAUCAGUCCACAUUUCCUUUGCAGAGUGAAAGUUCUGGCUCCUAGUCCAUUUUGAAGCCAUAUGUUACGAUUGAUUUUGACGUUUGCUGUAGGGGAUUAUAAUUAAGCUCUUGUUUAAUGUGUAAAGAUUUGCAUACUUGAGCACAUUAGUGACUUAUAAGUAAACAGAAUUAUAAGGUAACAGCUUGAAGAACUAUAAAAGAUAUUUGUCACAGUCUUCUCAUGCUGAAAGUCAGGCCUCGGCUUAAUUGUAUGUAUUGUUUCCGUUAAAUGCAAGUAUUAAGAACUUGCAUUACUCAUUUUUCUUAACACUCAGCUGUUGCAUUGCUUGUUUCCAAGCAUUGUUUUCCUAGAAGUGGGUUCUCAGCAGUUUGGUAAAAUAAUGUUUUGGUAGAAAGAAUGUGUGAUGAAAAUAAACCAUUCGGUAUGUAGUAGUAAACUUCCCUUGUAGAUGAGUAUAUAAUAAUGAUAAUAAUUUAGAUCAUAGUUGCCAUAAGGCUUAUGUAGAAAGUGUCCAGAACUAGAAUAGCAUUUGAGCCGUGCCAUGGGAAAAUCAACAUAGUGGCUUUGCGACCAGCAUGGACCCAGACCAGCCUGUGCAUCAGCGCAGUCUGGUCAGGAUCCAUGCUGUUCGCUAACAGUUUCACCAAUUCCAAUAGGCUUUAAAAGCGAACAGCAUGGAGCCUGACCAGACUGCGUGGAUGCGCAGGCUGGACUGGAUCCAUGCUGGUCGCAAACCCACUAUGUUGGUUUUCCCAUGGCACGGCUCAUUUAUUUACUUAAAUUUGUUCUAGUGUUCAUUAGCUUAAACAUUCUCAAAUAACAAUAAGUAUAUAUUCAAAGUAUCUUUUUAAAAACAACAUAAGACUCAAAAAAGGAUGAUACCUUAAUGAACAAACACUUCAUCUUUGUACAAUGUAUAUCCAACUUUACCUGGAAGAAUUUGAAUAUCUUUGAUGAAUAAUAUGUAACUGACAUUAAGAUAUAAAAGAGGAAAACAGCAUCAUGAAUGAUAAACAUACACUGUGCAUCCAUGUAGAGUUAUUGUCUUGUAAAAUUGUAGAAGGGAUAUUUGUUGAUGGUAUCAGCCUGAUGUGAUCAUUCUGGAGAUCUGUAGACAUUGUAUUGAAGUGUUCGCAUAUACAUGAUUACCUGUAAACCAUUGUUUCACAUGUUUAAUUUCAAACACAGUUUGAGGCAACAUGAUUUCAGGUUAUACUUACAUACAACCAACUUUAGAUUAAGUUUGUCUUGAAAACAGUUUAGAUUUUUUCCCUCGUUAUUUGUUACAAUUCACAUACACGUAACUGCCCUAAAUGUCAGUAUUACUGUUGUUACAUAGCAUUGUCCUAACACUUUUAAAACUGUAUGUUCUAUUUUUUUAUUCUGAUCCUGUAAAACAUUUUUAACAAUAUGAAGUUUGACUGUAUAUUUGUAAUAGUUUUAUUGUUGAAACAAUUUUGUUACGAUCACCGAUGAAAUGGAAAUUGUCUUAUUCUUGUCUACUUGAAUUCUGAAAACUUGUUUGUGAGAUUCUAGACUAAAUUAUAAUAUCUUUGUGCAUUUUUUAAAAUUUAUUUGAUAUCAGUGAUAUUUAUUCUAGAUAUGUAAUUUGUUUUUUACCAUUAAAAUACAGUAAAUUAAGAGGGUCAUUUAGUUAUUUUAAUGUUAAAUAAACUCAAAAGUAAUUUUCUCAACGGAUGACGUUUUCUUCAUGUUUGCUUUGCCUUGAGUCAGUUUGCUCAUUAACUCUGUGUUCAGUUCUCAUGAUCUAUGUGUUUUUCUAAUGCAUCAUUUUAAAAAAAUAAUAAUGUGUUACCAUGGAAUUUGUGUCUUGAAUGUGCCUGUGAUGAUAAACUUUAAUAAAAAAUGCACAUUU